GACGCGAACGUAUUAGUGCGUGUUAAUGUGCAUUGUUUUACAAUGAGUGGAAGGGAUGGGGAACGAGCGAGGUGAGGCAGCAGGCAGGUGUCUGCCUGUCCUCUAGCCGGAGACCGAGAUCAGCGGCUGAUGCGAUCUGAGAUCUCCUGACAUUGUUGCUGAGCUGUGCGCAGGAAACGCCGCUGCAAAACACAGGCCUGCCAAUGAAUGGAUGAAUGAACGAAUGAAUGAAAUAAGCGCCGCGCGAUGCUUUAUUGUUUUGUUUCGCGGUCCUUGCUCUUUUGUUUGUCGCGGACGCUCUCCGGCCGUUGAACUUGCUCGUAGUUCGCGAAAGUGUCAUGAGGAAACGUGAAUGGAGACAUUUUGACACCGUUAGCUCCAGUGUUUCCGGUAUAACGGGACUAGAUCUUUGUGUCCUAGCGAUGUGUUUGUCAACACCGCAAACGAGGCGGGUUUUAAUGAUCUUUAAGUUAAUUGCUUGCUGAUUGAGUUACACGUCCGUUAAACAUGCAGGAAGAAACAGGUGUAUUAUGUUUGCAUGUGGACUACGGUAUUAUCUCAUCAUAGCUGUAAUAAUUUACCCAAAACCAGGGUGCGAAUUAUGGGCCUGGCUCUCUCUAAUUAACUUGGGGUGUCCUUCGUGCAUAUCGGUAUUUUAAAACAACAGUAUUUUCUGUAAGAUUAACCGCAGGACUGGAGGCCUGUUUUCCAGUAUGACUGCCCUCAGGCAGAGGAAGGGCAGUAAAGGGAAGGACCCGGGGCCCAGCGUUCAGAACCUGAAGCCUGAUUGUACAGCUGAACCCAGAGAGAGGUUUGCAACAGGUGGUUUCUCAUGGUGGACAAUCUUGUGUCUAAUGACUGGCUCAAUAGUGGGAGUUAGUCUGGGAUUGCUGUGCUGCAUCUAUGUGGCUACACUUCAUGAAAAUGACCUCUGGUUCUCCAAUAUAAAGGAAGUCGAGCGUGAAAUCUCCUUCCGGACAGAAUGUGGCCUUUAUUACUCCUACUACAAACAGAUGUUGAAGGCGCCUUCUAUACAGCAAGGUCUUUAUGAGCUUAUUCAUGACAACACUACUGAAUCAAAGAGAACAAUAAACAUCCUACAGCGUAUGAAUAUCUACCAAGAAGUGUUCCUUAGCAUUUUGUACAAAAUACUUCCCAUCCAGACCUACUUGGAGCCAAUUUAUUUCUACAUCUACACAGUGUUUGCUUUGCAGACAGUGUAUGUCAUCGCCCUCUUUAUCACUAGUUGGUUACUCAGUGACUCCUGGCUAGCUGGAGCCCUCAGUGGAGUCUGGUACAUUCUCAACAGAGUGGACACCACACGCGUGGAGUUUACCAUCUCUCUAAGGGAAAACUGGUCAAUACCAUUCUUUGCUCUUCAGGUGGCUGCCAUAACCUGCUACUUAAGGCCACAGCUAAAACCUAUUCACCAGAGGGUGGUGCUGUGGCUGGUGUUCGUCUCCACUUUCUGCUUCUGUUUGACAUGGCAAUUCAAUCAGUUUGUCCUGCUGGUGCAGUCCCUUAUAAUCUUUACUCUGGAUUGCCUGGACUUCCUCACAGCGGAACAGGUGGUUUCUCUGUACCUGAUCCAGGUAUCGAGUCUGUUAUUAGUGUGGUUACUGCAGUUCUGCAAUUCUAUGAUUCUGGGCUCUCUGGUGCUCAGCUUCAUUGUGUCUGCCCUCUUCAUCAAACACUUCCAGACGGGACUAAAGACAGGCGGCUUUGUCAUACGAGUAGGAAAACUGGCUCUUCACACACUCCUAGUCCUCACAUUAACUUUCACCAUCAAUUAUUCAGCCAAGAAAAUACUCCAGCUGAAAUCCGACGAGCACAUCUUUAAGUUCAUAAAGGCCAAGUUUGGCUUCGGGGGAACGAGAGACUUUGAUGCCAGUCUCUAUCUGUGCGAAGAGGCUUUUGGCUUGUUGCCAUUGGAUACAUUUGAGCGGUUGGCUGGCACAGUGCUGCUCUAUCCGUAUCUGUGCACCCUCAGUGUGCUUUUCAUCUUGCUGCUGCUGGUGGCGCUCUCUAAUCUCAGCACGAAUGGGUCAGGCCAAGCGAGCAGGGAGAAAGAGGACAGUACCUUUAGGAUGCGUCCGGACGUCGCUUACAAUCUCUUGCACACCGUCUUCUUUGGCUUGCUCGCCUUUUCCACUAUGAGGAUGAAAUAUUUGUGGACUGGCCACAUGUGUGCUUUCGCUGCCUUUGGGGUGUGUGGUAAGGAGGUGUGGUCGUUGUAUCUGAGGGUCCUUCACUGCAACACUAAAACCAUGAUGAGACUGAUCAGGUACUCUGUUCCUAUUGUAAUACUGGCGUUUCUUUAUUACAAGUUCUGGCCCAGACUGAUGGAGGAGAUUUCUGAGCUGAGAGAGUUUUAUGACCCAGACACUGUGGAGCUAAUGGAGUGGAUCAGAUUGAAGACGCCCAAACGGGCAGUGUUUGCAGGCAGCAUGCAGCUGUUGGCGGGAAUUAAGCUGUGCACGGGGAGAGUAUUGACAAACCAUCCACACUACGAGGACCAGGCACUGAGAGAGAGGACCAGACAGGUAUAUCAGGUCUAUGCGCGUCAGUCUGCUGAGGAGGUUCAUAAAGUUCUCUGUUCGGUUGGAGCGGACUACAUCGUACUGGAGGACAGCAUCUGCUACGAGCGCAGGCACAGCCGUGGUUGUAGGCUGAGGGACCUGCUCGACCUGGCAAACGGACAUAUCAUGGAUGGCCCAGGUGAAAACGAGCCGGACCUCAUCCCGGCGACUCACCCACGUUUUUGUGAGGCCAUUAAGACCGACAUGCCUCCGUAUUCAACCCUCUUCACACGAGUGUUCAAAAACAAGACAUUUCACGUGUACAAACUCAAGAAACUCAAGAAGAAAAACAAAGCUGAGAACGGUCCGUAAUGCUCAUUCUUCAACAGCAGUCGCCCACCUUCACUGGAUGGAUGAACGCCCCAUCUGGAAUGUUCAAUGAGUGUGUGAUAGUAGCAGGUGUGUGUGUGUGCGGCUGUGUGCAUGCGAGAGAUUGGAGAGAUGCCUGAUUGAGCCAGCACGCACUAGAUGAUUUGGUGUGUGUUUGUGUGUGUAAAUCUGCUCUGAGCCGGUCUGCCGCAACAGGAGCUCAAGUUUAACGUGGAGAGACGGGAGGAAAAGCUCUUUUUCUCACAGUCUGCCGCACCCCUAACUCUCUCUCUCUCUCUCUCUCUCUCUCUCUCUUUCUCGACACAUGCCCUUCCACCAAACACACACUUAUGCUCUUUCACACACAAUGUGAACUAAAGAUGCAGCAACUGCUUUCACAGCCUCAUUCCUGUCGCACUUCCAACAAAAUGAAAUGAGGAAAUAGCAAUGGGUAACAAUGCUUUGUAAUUGGAAUUCACAAGAGCAGUUUGGGGUAAUUAGUGACUGUGGCAGUGUUGUCUUUAAAUCUGCCAAACUGUUUGCUGGUGUCAAGUUGGGCCACAUCCUGCUGAUUGGCUGUGUAAAAAAAAAAAAAGAAAGGGAAAGAAAUUAAUAAAUCUGAAGAACCAGCCUUACUCGUGGGCAUAAAGCAAGUGCCAUAAAUACUCCUAGGAAUAAAUUGUAAGAAUAAAUGUCACACAAUUUACUUUGACCUAGAAAUGGUGAAUUAUAUUUCAAUUUUUAUUUUUAAUUCUUUUGGACUUUACUGUAUAUGUUUUGUGCAUUAGUUGUGCAAGUAGGAGGCCAUCACUGACACUAUAGGUGGUUAAGAAGGGUUUAGACAUUUGACAUUGUAAACAGUGUCAUUCAAUUUAGUGUGUUUUAGGAUGAAUAACAGCUGAAGUGUUCUUAAAGGUUAGACAUAUCCCAUUUCCUUAAUCCUGAAUUGUGAAGUUGUAGUUUAGUUGAAAUAUUCAGUUUGAGUCUUUUUAAAUGUGGUUAAAAUAUUGAAUGGUCAACAAUGUUAUGAUGCUAAUUUUUCCAUCCUGAGCUCUAAAGGAAGAGCCUUUAGUGUAUGAAAGUGCCUUUCCAUUUUUGGAUAAGCUCUGCUGCGCUAACGAUUAAUGCAUUCAAAAAACCUUCAAAUGAGUGGCCUCAAGUGCUACCAAAAUGUAUCUACCUUCAAUCUUGGCUGCUGUGUUUUUUCUUCCCCAGGAUAUUGGAUGAAUAUCUUUGUACAGAGGUACAAAACUGUUUUGAAUAACUUUAAAGUGUUUAAAGGUAAACAAAUUCGGUUUGUAGCAUGAGGGCUCCUCUGUGGCAUUUUGUGAUUGUAUUAUAAUAUGGUGAAUCAGUUAUCUUACCUGUCACACGACUUUCAUGUAUACCUUUGCUUCACACAACAUCUGUCGCAACACAUUGUUCCUCAGGCGAUGAUCUUUAUGGAGCUUUGAUUUCAUAUGCUGACAUUGUAAGAGUAAACUGUAAGAGUUCUUUGGUAUGGUUCAUUGCACUAGUUUGUUACUGUGGUAUUUCACGCAGAUGGAUUGUUCCCAUUUGUGUCAAAAGUGUUGAUUUGUUUUUGGAUGUUCAGUGUUCGUUCCCAUUUUUGUAUUAAAGCAGAUUUGUAUGGUG